AUGGUCGAUCUACCUUUCGACAUCAUCGAACUCAUUAUCGAUGCGCUGGCAGCCCAAAACGACAAGGAGACGCUUAGGAACUUCGCCACAGUAUCCAGCACAUUCGUGGUGCGAUGCCAGAAGCAUCUAUUCCGCACUGUCAACCUCGGAGAGCGUUGCAUUCCAGGGAAGGAGUUUUACCGCCGUUUCUUCCGACUCAUCUCACAGAGGCGUAAAUUUUGCACAUAUGUCGAGGAUCUGCGCCUCGUCGACACAUACAUUUGGGACAAGGAGAAGGACAAGAAUUGGGGCUGGCUUACCGAGGAGGAGAGCAUCUGUGACCUACUCGACCUCCUUCCCAACCUCCGCGCGUUCUCGUUGACAUUCAACAUAGGCCACCCGACAUGGGUCUCACUGCGGCAGUGUAUUCGUCACGCUCUCAUGCAGGUCGCAAAACGCCCCGCCGUCGAGUCGUUCACCCUCGCGCGGAUCAAGGAUUUCCCGCCGUCAUUGCUUGUCUCGCUUGCGACCGUGAAGCAUCUAAGAUUGGAUGACGUGCAUGUGCAUGCGGCGUACCUCACGCACUCGCUCGGGGUCGCGUUGGAAUUCGCCACGUUGUCGCCCACCAUCGAAACACUUGUCCUCAAGGCGCCGUCGGCUGCGACACUGCACGUCCUUCAUAAUGUUCUCAUGCUACAUCGUACACCAACGCUCAAAACCCUCUGGUUGGCGGUACUCGACCAGCAAGAUGCGCAGUUGAUGACUGAGCUGUGGACGCUGAUGCAGUGGGCGGCGGAGAGCCUGACAUGCCUCGAGUGGCGGCCAGCGACGCGGACGCAAGAUUCUGUGCUUCGCCCCCCUCGUCCAAUAGAUUUCAGCGUUCUUAAAUUCCUCCAAACGUUCCAUUUUCUUGUCAACUUCCAUGCCAAGCCAGCUCUGUCAUCUCCGCCACGAUCUCACUAUCUUUUUUCUGACCUCAUCUCUAUCCUUCGGGAGCUCGGGACACCAUCUGCCGCCCAUUUCUCUCCAUCCACGUAUCAACAUUCCCUCACCAACCUCGUCAUAGAGUGUAUGUUCCUGAACGCCGUCGAGCUCGUGGGGUGCGCCUCCGAUUGGUCGUCGCUCGACGCGACACUCUGCUCCGAACCGUUCAGCAACCUUCGCCGCGUGGUAUUUCGAGCAGGACAGAAGGUUGCGCCAAGUCUACGUACAGCGGCAAAGAUGAUCCUGAUGGAGCAGCUGCCAGUGGCGCGGGGACGAGGCGUUCGGAUCGUGUAUUAUGAGAAUCUGAGUUGA